AUCUAAUUCGCAACCAAAAAAAAAUUAAAAAUGAAAUGACCCCCCAUUUCUCAACCAACUCCCAAAUCGAACAAAAUUGAAUUACUUGGCGUGUAGUCGACGGCCGGCAGCUUCCUAGCGUCUACCACCUUCCAUCGAUUCACAGUUCUUCGUCUUCGUCCCCUCUUGGUAAUAUAGAAGUAAAGACAAUCGUUGCAACUGAGGAGAAUACGCCAAUGGAACUAGCAGACAGGGCGGUUGGUCUUCUAUUGUGUUGUAUCAGCUUAUCAAUAUUCACGUACUAUACUUUCUGGGUUAUUAUCUUGCCAUUUGUGGACGGUGACCACUUCAUUCACCAGUACUUCUUACCUCAAGAGUAUGCGAUUAUAAUACCUGUUCUUGCUGGUGUUACACUUCUUUGCUUCCUGUGUGUCUUUAUUGGAUCAGUGAUGCUGAAAUCCAAAAAGAAGAAGGCUUAGUGAAAUUAUGUACUGCUUAUUUGUAUCUUUCUUCCCCGCUCUUGUCCUUCUUUUUUUUGAAAGUUUUAUUGAACUUUGUCGAUAUUUUUCAUUGAAGUAGAGCCUUAUGAUAGAGUUUCAACAGUUGAAUGUAUACAUGAACUGCCUAUGAUAUCUACCAACUAGUGUUAUUAAAAAAAUUGGAGAAUUUUGUUUAUCUCAUUUUGGGAGUUAAAUGAUUUGUAACAUGGGAUCAUCUUCUGUUUACAAUUCCUAUCAAUUCAAUGUGACAUUCUUUCUUAUUA